AUGAAGGGGGCUGGCGCCCGGCCCGGGCUGGGGGUCGGGACGCCGGGCGCGCCCAGCCAAGUCUUUCCGACAGCCUCCUCCAGCUCUGCACGGUCCCCGGCGCUGGUCCCCUCCUGGGGAGCGGGAUCUUGGGUCUCAGCCCGACCUGGCCAGAGAUCCCGGACGGCCCCACUUCUCACCUGCCGGUCCCUGCCUUCCGGCCUCUCCUCUCGGCUUCCCUGGACUGGGUGGCCUUGUUUUCCCUGCUCUGGGCGGGGGCCUCGCGGCGCUUGCCCUAGCUGCUGCCCUGUCAUUAUCCCCUCCGAACCCGCAGAGUCACCGGAAGGAGUUAGAGCCUUGCUUUGGAGGCCUGGAAUGGGUAGGAUCCCGGAGCCAUAGCGCUCCCCUGCCGCGUUCUCCCCAGCUCUGCAGGUUGUCCCGCACACAGAGUGACCGCACAGGAACUCUGUGUGGGUGGCAAGGGACUGAGAGAACCCCUUUCUUCCUGCUCCUUCAACUAGCCAUACUCUGGCGUGGGCUGUGGCUGCCUUUCAGAACAAACCUUUGCCAGCCUCUGACCUGCGGCCUGUGUUCCCCCCUGGGACCCUCCCUCUGCAGCCAUGGUCUGGAGGGCACUGGGCACCAGCAACUUUUCCAUCUGCCCCAAUGGCUCUGUCCGGUGGAUCUGGGAUGUGUUUGGUGAAUGUGCCCAGGAUGGCUGGGAUGAGGCCAGCGUGGGCCUAGGCUUGGUCUCCAUUCUCUGCUUCGCUGCAUCUACCUUCCCCCAGUACAUCAAAGCCUGCAAGACAGGCAACAUGGACCAGGCCCUGUCCCUGUGGUUCCUGCUGGGCUGGAUCGGCGGAGAUUCCUGCAACCUCAUUGGCUCCUUUCUGGCCGACCAGCUUCCCCUGCAGACCUACACAGCUGUGUAUUACGUCCUGGCCGACCUCAUGAUGCUGACAUUGUACUUCCAUUACAAGUUCAAGAAGCGACCUUCUCCACUGUCUGCCCCUAUCAAUUCUGUGCUCUUGUUCAUCUUGGGGACGGUGUGUAUCACACCACUGUUGAGCAGCACUGAUCCUGUGGCUGUCCCCAGGGAAAGCUUCCAGGGGCGGACGCUCCUGUCUGUGGAGCCAGGCAAUAAGCCCUUCACAAAGAAGGAGGUCAUCGGUUUUGUGAUUGGCUCCGCCUCCAGCGUGCUGUACCUGCUCUCAAGGCUGCCCCAGAUUCGCACCAAUUUCCUAAGGCAGUCAACCCAAGGCAUUUCCUACUCGCUGUUCGCGCUGGUGAUGCUGGGGAACACGCUGUACGGUCUCAGCGUGCUGCUGAAAAACCCCGAGGUGGGCCAGAGCGAGGGCAGCUACCUGCUGCACCACCUGCCCUGGCUCGUGGGCAGCCUGGGGGUGCUGCUGCUUGACACUGUUAUCUCCAUUCAGUUCCUGGUGUACAGAAGCCAUGACGCUGCUGCUGUUGCUGCUGCCGCCACCGCCUCAGAGCGAGAGCCCCUCCUCCCCAGCUGACCAGCGUCCUGCAUGACGGGAACCUCAGCAGUCAUCCCAGGAAGGAUGAGGGGUGGGCAGAGAUGCUGCCACCGCUGGACUGGGCCUAGCAUGCAGCCCGGAACUCUGGGCGUGCCUGCCUCCCCUCUAUGCCUGGCCUGCAGACAGGUCUGGAGCUGGCUCGUCGUGCUAUGCUGGGACAUACCUCACAGGUAUAUGACAGCUGCCCAAGGAGCCUCCCUUGGGGAGGCACCCAUAGCGGAGACCCCAGAGGACGGUGUGGUCACCUCCUGUCUACCUACCUCACUCUGACUGUACUCCUGGCUGCAUCAUAGUCAGGGGACCCAGCGUUGUCUGGACACAAUUUAGUAAAUGGUACCUUCCA